CAACUUUUACUUCCGGCUGCGUACACGGCCAUCGCGCUUGGCUUUCGUCGAGUCCUUUUGUGCUCCGUUGGUGUUCACGCGACUUUCAAGUGCUGAUCUUAGCAACAUCUCUCCACAUUCAUCUGCCCCUACGACUGUCACCUGCGCUCCGCAGUUCUAUAUCAUCCGAGGGAUCUCUUUUGUUUGUCGUAUGUCCAUCCAGAAUCUCAACACAUUCGACCCCUUUGCAGAUGCAAUCAAGGGUUCAGAUGAUGACGUCCAGGACGGCCUCGUUCAUAUAAGGAUCCAGCAGCGGAAUGGUCGCAAAACCUUAACAACGGUGCAAGGACUUUCCUCGGAAUAUGACUUGAAGAAAAUUGUGAGAGCAUGUAAAAAGGAGUUUGCCUGCAAUGGGACAGUAAUAGAGCACCCGGAGUACGGGGAGGUGCUGCAGCUGCAGGGGGACCAACGAGAGAAUAUAUGCCAGUGGCUGACAAAGUCAGGUCUGGCAAAACCUGACCAGCUCAAAGUCCAUGGUUUUUAAUCAAUUAACAACAACAGCAACAAUUACCAUCCAUGCCACAACCCACAACAACAGCAGACAGCUCCACCCCUCGUCAGCUCUACAUGAUUAUCUCAAAUUGAAUCUGUAUAUCAUUCACUAAACUUUUCGUGGGAUAUCCCGAUUAUACUAUCACAUUAUAAAUAUAUACAUAUAUAUGUAUAUAUACACACAAACACGCGCGCAUAUAUAUUUCAA